GAGGGCGGUCCGUGUGUGUCUGUGUUGUUGUUCGGCGGCAGCGGCGGCGGCGGUAAGAUGGCUGCCCACGGGGGCUCCGCGGCGUCCUCGGCGCUGAAGGGGUUAAUUCAGCAGUUCACCGCCAUCACCGGUGCAAGCGAAAGUGUAGGGAAACAUAUGCUCGAAGCCUGCAACAAUAAUCUGGAGAUGGCAGUCACUAUGUUUUUGGAUGGUGGAGGAAUUGCUGAAGAGCCCAGUACCAGUUCAGCAAGUGUCUCCACAGUGAGACCACACACAGAAGAAGAAGUUCGUGCCCCAAUUCCUCAAAAACAGGAAAUAUUGGUGGAACCAGAACCUUUGUUUGGUGCUCCUAAAAGACGACGGCCUGCACGUUCAAUAUUUGAUGGUUUCCGAGAUUUUCAAACUGAAACUAUUCGGCAAGAACAGGAAUUAAGAAAUGGAGGAGCAAUUGAUAAGAAACUAACUACCCUUGCAGAUCUCUUCCGGCCACCCAUUGACUUGAUGCAUAAAGGCAGCUUUGAAACAGCCAAAGAGUGUGGCCAGAUGCAAAAUAAGUGGCUAAUGAUAAACAUUCAAAAUGUACAAGACUUUGCAUGCCAAUGCCUCAAUCGUGAUGUAUGGAGCAAUGAAGCUGUGAAGAAUAUUAUCCGGGAACAUUUCAUUUUCUGGCAGGUUUAUCAUGACAGUGAAGAAGGUCAGAGAUACAUACAGUUUUAUAAGCUGGGGGAUUUCCCCUAUGUUUCCAUCCUGGAUCCACGGACAGGUCAGAAGCUAGUAGAGUGGCACCAGUUAGAUGUGUCUUCUUUCUUGGAUCAAGUGACAGGAUUUCUGGGUGAACAUGGGCAACUGGAUGGACUUUCUAGCAGUCCCCCCAAAAAAUGUGCCCGUUCAGAGAGCCUUAUAGAUGCAAGUGAAGACAGCCAGCUAGAAGCUGCCAUCAGAGCCUCCUUGCAAGAAACACACUUUGAUUCAACACAGACAAAACAGGAUAGCCGCUCAGAUGAAGAAUCUGAAUCUGAACUUUUUUCUGGCAGUGAGGAGUUCAUAUCCGUUUGUGGCUCUGAUGAAGAAGAGGAGAUAGAGAAUCUUGCCAAGUCCAGAAAAUCUCCCCACAAAGAUUUGGGGCAUAGAAAAGAGGAGAAUAGAAGGCCACUGACUGAACCCCCAGCCAGAACUGAGCCUGGAGCAGCCACAAACCACCAAGGAUUGCCAGCCGUGGAUUCAGAAAUAUUGGAAAUGUCACCUGAAAAACCAGAUGGAAUAGUGGAGGGCAUAGAUGUAAAUGGACCAAAAGCACAGCUGAUGUUGCGGUAUCCAGAUGGAAAAAGGGAACAGAUCACUCUUCCAGAGCAAGCUAAACUGUUGGCUUUGGUGAAGCAUGUCCAGUCCAAAGGAUACCCAAAUGAACGUUUUGAACUUCUCACCAACUUCCCUCGAAGGAAACUGUCUCAUCUGGACUAUGACAUUACAUUACAGGAGGCAGGCCUUUGUCCUCAAGAGACUGUCUUUGUACAGGAAAGAAAUUAACAUCAUGGCCUGACCUCUCUCAGCUUACCCCUUUUUUCCCUUUCCUGUGAGAUACCGUGUCACUAAGUAUGCAUUUUGGCUCAUAGGACCAUAGAGCCAAAGUUGGGCAAGCAAGUCACCUGCCUUCUCUUUUAUUUCUUGCUCUCUCCUAUGUUCAUUCUCUUUUCCCUCCUUCCCCCACCUUUUCAGUCCUCUUCUGUUUUCUUCUUUUUCCUACUAUUCUUUCUUUCUUACCUAAUCUGGUGACCAAAUGGAAGUGUAAGGAUUAGACCUCCUAGUACUGGCAGCAGGAAAUGUGUGUUCCAAUAAGUGGUCUCUUGCACAGCACUUUUUUGGGAUCAAAUGAUGAUGUUACUCCUCAGACUCCAUUGGUAAAGGAAUGGCUAGAUUCAGAAUAAGAACAACCUCCCUUUUUUGUAAGCCCCAUUUUUGGUAGGGAAAAGAAAUUCUAUAACACAUGUUUUGUUUUGUUGUUCAUGUAAGAAAUAUCACGUGACAAAAAUAUCUAGGUCUGUUUACAUGGAAAAAGCAUCCCUUAUAAUUAUUGCUCAUUGUACUUAAAAUUUUUUUCAAUGGAUUCACAUGUUCCCAGCUAGAAUUAUUUCCAUGGUAUGUGUUAUUGGCAGAAUAAGUGUUAAGUGUAGAGUGAGUAGUGUGGGGUGGCUUUCAGUAUCCUAGCCUGAAACAGCUUUCUUCAUUAUUACUUUAUAAACUCUAUUGAUCCUGCUAGUCCUGAAAUGGACAUUUAGUGAGGCUAUUGUGGUGAUUGGGAUAGGAAGGUACUUGCUGUUUUUGCCAGUACAGCAUAUUAGUUCCUUUGGCCCUUCCAUUGUUUGGGUCCACAGGUGAUCUAUGGGAAGGCAGCUGUUCAAUAAUCAUGCAGUACAAUGGCUUGUAGUUGUAACCACUGUGGUUACUGAUUGUCCUAUGUGUUUUAAGGCAUACUUAUGUAUGUCCUGGGGGAAAAGAUGCAGCUGAGAGUUGCUAACCAUGUUCCUACGGUUAGAAAGAAUAAUUCAUUUUUUUACCCCUGGUUGGAAUAGUUUCUAAAAGGCUCUGGUGAGUGAAUGAACUUAAUUCCUCUACUCUUUUCUUGCAAAAGAUAUCAAAACUGAAAGCCUCUGUAAGGGGAAGACCUGUAAAUUCAGUUGAUAAGACCACAUUUAGUAAGGGAGGUAGAAAAGAUUAUCAGCAAUCUUCAGAUGAUAUGGGCUUUUUCUGCCAACAAAGCCACAAACAAAAUGUAGUUGGUGAAAGCUUUUUUCAGUAUUAUUUAGAAGAGGCCAUCCUGAAUCUAUAUAAUACUGUUUGACUUCUCACCUUCACUGUAUGCCCAAUUCUUGUUUCGAGCUUUAAAUAGAGUCCUCUGAAGGAGUAGUAAUGAUCCUGGUGGCAAAAAUCAGAACUUUAACCUUGUGAUAUAGAAUGGGCCUAUUUUGUCAAUUGGGGAUUUGGAUCAGUUGUUUCUUCUACUUGAGGAACAUAAAUUGCUAUUGCUCAGAGACCUUUAUGUUCCCAUCUACUUUAAGAUCAUUCUCUUGGCAACUAGGGGAUUAAAAAAAAAGACGGUUAUGUGUUCCUAGUACACAAUUAGAGAAUAUGGUUUCUAAUGGUUGGAUUUAGAGGGACCCUUCCUAAAGAAUGAGUUAUGUAUCUCCUCAAGGAAAUCAUGGAAAAUUCUGUUUAUUCUCCAGUGAGUCCUUUUGAAUUAAUGUUCUUACAUUUUUUUCUAAGUCUGUGUAAGUGCUUAUGUAUAAGUAUAUAAUUGUAUAAAUAUUUAUAAAUAUAUUUAUAUAAUUACAAUUUCAUUUAUACCUUGAGUCAAAGUUCUCUCUUUAGAUUGGUGACUGAAUAAUACCAUUUUGGUGUUUUUUCAUAGGCUCUCGAGUCACUAGCAGCUUCUGAUUUAUUGAGGAAACAUGGUUUUCACGUUAAUUCCUCAAUUGUAUCUCUGAACUUGGAUAAUAUACUUGCUAUCUGAGGAAUAGAGCUUAUAAACUAGCAAAGGUCCAGUAGAGGGUUAAAAAACUGUUGGUAGUAGACAAGGUCAGAAAUCUAAAAAUUCAGGGAGGCACAGGGUAAGAACUGAGGGUAUGCCCAGCUUUGGUGCUCUGAUGGCACCUAUCUCCACUCUCAGCAGAGUCACAGCUAAAGCCCAAAUCUGUCAAAAAUGUGAAGUCAAGAAUUUUCCCUGUGGGACUCUUUCAUUCUUUCACUUACUAACUUCUCUUUAUAAAGCAUAUCUCAAGAACCUGAGACAUGUUCAUUAAUGAUAGGAUGUAGUUCUACCUUUUUGAUGUCAGCCGUGGCAUAUCCAUUUCUGAGAAACCAAAGUGACUUUUUCAACUUGGAUUACUGUGAGAUGACCGAGUAUAUAUAAAAUGAUUUAAGUAAGCAUAUCAAAGACUUAGGGCAUGAGAUACUGAUCCAACUUAGAUACAGCUGGUGUGUUUAGAGUACAAGAUGUAGAGGAUUUUAUUUUAUUUUGAGGCAGAAGUGUAAUUAUCCUGGGCUUGCUAUCGAGGCCUGUGGGGGAGGGAUUAUGGAUUGUACACGGGAAGAGUAAAUACGGAGAAUUGCUUCACUCAUGAACUUAAUUCACUAAAGAAGUAAGCUUCCUCCAGUUUGUCUUAUUUUCUCUGCAAAUUCCUUUGCUCUGUGGAGGAGAGAUUUUAAAUGAGCUAGUAGGAUUGGUUAAAAAUAGUUGUUCCUUAUAAUUAUUGGAAACAGCUGGAAAGAAAAGGUAGGGAGGAAAAGGACAAGAUAGACUGAGAGUGACAAGAAACAAAUACAGGGAGAUGGAAUGAAAACUAGUAGGGGAAAAAAGUGACAGAAAACACCUUUUGAAUUUGAUUUAGAAAGGAACCAGAGAAGAGAGAGAACAGCCAAAUGGGGAAAGAAUGGGGAACUAAUUUUGAAUAACUAGCAUGUGCUAGGUAUUUCCUGUACAUUUUUUCCUUUAAUCUUCCAAAGAACUCUACAAAAUGUAAAUUCUGUAUUCUCCCCAUUUUGUAGGUAGGACAAAAUUAAAGUUUAGAGAACCUGUUCAGGAUGUCACAGCUAGUAAUUGGCAAAAUCAAAAUUGGGAUCCAGAGACCAUGCUUUUUUCACUCCCUUGCUGUUUCCUACAACAAGGGGAUAAGUUUACCCAAAAGGUUAUCUUGCUGUUAUUUGGCUCUGUAAAUUAUCAUUUGUUUUCAUUUCCUUAAGGCUUGUGGGAUUUGCACUAUAUCUAUAAAUUCUUAUUUACACCACUGUUUUGAGGGACUGAUUAUUGCUUUUUUAAAAAAUGAUGCACUGAUGAAAAUGUGAAAGAGAAAUAUGUGGCAUUAUUUGCCAAGAAUAAAUGGAAAGGAUAAAAAAUAA